UGACGUAGCCACGUCUAUCAACCAAUAGGAGUUCAGGAAUGGAAUUUUGCCGCUGAUUGUCAACAACAACAAGAAUUUUCUCCAGAAACAAAAAAUUUGGUCGAAAUUAAACUCGUUAAGGCCGGACUUUGAUGUUUUAAGUGUUUUAAAACAAAUAUCAGAUCUUCCAGAAGAAUGUCUGACGAACAAGUUGAGGAAAAACCUAACGUUCCUUUCAUUUUUAAGAAAGUUAACAGGAAAGCUGUCGCACGAAAGCGUCAAGACAGCGACGCUGAAAAAAGUGCGUCCAGUGCUGAAAGUGAUGGAAGCGGGGACGAAUCCCAAGUUGUGCGAAACCAAAAACGACGGAGACUCGGAAAUCCUCUUGUUCAAAGGUCGAACAUAGCCAAGGCCAAGACAAAGCAAAAAGUUGGCAAUGACUCCAGUACAAGCGAAAGUGAGGAAGAAAGCGUUGUUGGUGUUCAGUACAAAUCGAGAGGCGCUGCCACAAACGAAGGGCCAAAUGAUCAGGGAGCAACGGCAACUCUAGAGACGGAAACGGAUUUUUCCAAGGAUGCUCAGGCCAUUUACGAGAGAUCUCUUGCUGUGAAUAAAGAAUUGAAAGGAAAAGAAGAUGACAAAAUUUACCGAGGAAUGGCAAAUUACGCGCAGUACUAUGAAAAGAAAGACACGGCCCAAGGAAAUGCUGCCAGUGGAUCAGUUCGGAAAGGUCCGAUUCGAGCUCCUGCCAAUUUGAGAGCAACAGUGAGAUGGGACUACCAGCCUGACAUUUGCAAAGACUAUAAGGAGACUGGCUAUUGCGGCUUUGGAGACAGCUGCAAAUUCUUGCACGACCGCUCAGACUACAAGUUCGGCUGGCAAUUAGAGCGCGAGUCUGCUGAAGGUACUUACGGGGCAGAUGACGAAGAUGCGUCCAAGUAUGAAAUCCACUCCGACGAAGAGGAGUUGCCCUUCAAGUGCUGGAUUUGCAGGGAUUCUUUCAAAAAUCCAGUGGUUUCCAAGUGCAAACAUUACUUUUGUGAGAAGUGUUUCCUGGACAACUACAAGAAGUCUUCAAAGUGCGCCGUGUGCAACGCUCAGACUGGAGGAGUCUUCAAGCCGGCAAACGAAAUCAUUGAGAGAAUGGCCGGAGAACAAGGUCAGCAAGAAAAGGCUCAACAGAAAUCUGACGAAUCUGCUGAAGAUUCUGAUUGACAGAGGGACUGUGUUUUUCAGACGUAAUGAAAAAUACAAUUUCUACUGUUGGGGGUGUUCGAUUCCACGCACCGUGUAUCCAUAGCCAUAUUGGGGAGCAGCCUGAAAGUAAAAAAAUGUGACUCAAAAUCAUUUAAUUCUAAUGAUGAAAUCCAUUGGAAACUGGUCUAUGGUUUAAAAUUUAGAAAUCUCUUUCCAAAUUAAAAUUUGCACUUACAACAUUGACGGUGAAGAUUUGCUCGCGGAAGAUACGUGCCUCGGCAGGGGUCAGGGGAGGCAGAGGUGGCAGGUGCUGCUGGUAGGAGAUGGCGUUGGUGGCAGCAACUCCUGCGUGGUAGGCAAGGACCUCUCCUCUCUUGGUGGCGGGCAGCAGGUUCAUCUUGUGGUAGGGUGUUUCAGGGGCAGG